AUGGCUCCGCCAGCCAACGUUGCCUUUUCUUAUAUAAAUAGAUGUCUCCCCUGUAAAAUACUCAUACAAAUCGGAGAUAACCUCAAUACCAUCUCCAACUUCUGUAGCUUAUACUCAGACAAAGAACGAUGUCUAAAGAUCGAAGUCCUCAUUUGGAAAUGCAGAUUGGAAGGGAAGGUUGCAAUAAUCACAGGUGGAGCAGGAGGCCUUGGAGAAGCCACUGUUCGGCUCUUCCUCGAAAAUGGAGCAAAAGUCAUAAUUGCAGACAUUGCAGAUGAUGCUGGUCAUAUUCUUGCACAAUCUCUCUCAGAAUGGGCAACUUUUAUUCAUUGUGAUGUGACCAAAGAGCAAGAUGUUAGGGCAGCAGUGGAUCUGGCGAUGGAAAAGCAUGGACAACUGGACAUUAUGUUUAACAAUGCCGGUAUAGGGGAGGACCGUAAAGGUAGUGUUGCAGAGUAUGAUAUGGAACGAUUUGAACGCACAAUGGACAUAAAUGCAAAAGGUGUAAUGCAUGGGCUUAAGCAUGCAGCUCGUGUUAUGAUACCCAAUAGAAAAGGCUGUAUAAUUUCUACUGCAAGUGUUGCAGGAACUAUUGGAGGCAAUGCACCUUAUGCAUACACAGCCUCAAAACAUGCAGUAAUAGGGUUCACUAAGAAUGGUGCAGCUGAGCUUGGGAAAUAUGGUAUCAGAGUUAACUGUAUUUCUCCUUCUUACGUUGCAACAGGGCUUCUAGUGGAGUCUUUGGGAACAAAAGAUAAGGGUGAAGUGGAGGAGUGGAUUAGCUGCAGAAGCAACUUGAAGGGAGUGGUUCUUACAGAAGAGGAUAUUGCACAGGCUGCUCUGUUUUUGGGCAGUGAUGAAUCAAAAUUUAUCAGUGGUCAUAAUCUUCUUGUGGAUGGAGGCUUCUCAGUUGUAAACCACGACGGUGGACUGUACAGGCCUUAA